GAAGCAGUUGAAAAUUUAUAACUACCAUUUUAUCCUCGAAGACCUUUAUGAGCUUUGAUAUUUUUGUUGGGUGAAGUGAAGUGAUAGUUUUAGAGGUCCAAAUGCGUUUAACAAUGUCUUCUUCAGCUCUUCCUCUUCCUUUCUCACAAUCUCCAUCAUCAUCAUCUUUAACCUUAACUCAUCUCCCAAAUUACUCUUCUCUCCUCAACAACACACUCACAAACCAACAACAAUGCAAUUCCAUCGAUUCAAAACCUCGCACAAUUCGCUAUCGUUUAAGUGAAUUAUGUAGACAAGGCAAACCCCAUCUUGCACGCCAACUGUUCGAUGAAAUUCCUCAACCAACAACUGUACUUUGGAACACGAUAAUUAUUGGUUUUGUAUGUAAUAACAUGCCCCAUGAUGCUAUUUUGUUUUAUUCAAGGUUGAAACAUGUGGGUUGUUCAUUGAUAUGUGAUCAGUAUACUUAUUCUUCUGUCUUGAAAGCUUGCGCCGAGACGAAAAGGAUACUUGUUGGUAAAGCUGUGCAUUGUCAUAUUUUGAGGUCUGGUAUUUAUCCUAGUAUGAUUGUGAGUAAUUCUUUAUUGAAUAUGUAUUCCACUUGUCUCGCCUCGGAAAAUAGUUACAACAACAACAACAUACCUAGUGUAAUGCAACAACUGGGGUCUGGGGAGGGUAGAGUGUACACAGACCUUACCUCUACCUUGAGAAGCUCGGAAAAUGGUUCGGGCUGUGAUUUAGUUGAAAGUGUGUUUAGAACGAUGAGGAAAAGAAAUGUCGUUGCUUGGAAUACUAUUUCUUCUUGGUAUGUGAAAAGGAAGAGGUUUUCGGAAGCAGUUAGGUGUUUUGUUAUGAUGAUGAGUUUAGGGAUUAAGCCGACUGUUGUUAGCUUUGUUAAUGUUUUUCCUGCUGUAUCAGAAAUAGGGGAUAUUAGAGUUGCAGAUGUUUUUUAUGGGUUGCUUGUGAAAUUGGGUAGUGAAUAUGUAAAUGAUUUGUUUGUUGUUAGUGCUGCGAUUGUUAUGUAUGCUGAGCUUGGUUGCGUUGAUUUGGCGAGGAGAGUAUUUGAGAAUACUUGUGAAAGAAAUACAGAGAUAUGGAACUCUAUGAUUAGCGGGUACAUUCAGAACAAUUUUCCUUUUGAAGCAGUUGAUCUCUUUCUUGAAGCUAUAGAAGCAGAGGAUUCUGUUACUAUUGAUGAUGUGACAUUUGUAUCUGCUCUUAUGGCAACCUCACAGUUGCAGCAUUUAGAGUUUGCUCAACAGCUACAUGCACGUCUGAUAAAGAAAUGCAUGGAUUCACAUGUUAUUUUGCUAAAUGCUAUGAUUGCCACAUAUUCUAGGUGUAACCGUGUUGGUGAUUCAUUUAAAGUUUUUAAUGGAAUGAAGGAAAGAGAUAUAGUAUCAUGGAACACCAUGGUGUCUGCUUUGGUACAGAACGAACUUGAUGAUGAGGCUUUGAUGCUUGUAUAUGAGAUGCAAAAGCUUGGGGUUGCAAUUGAUGAUAUAACAAUUACCAUCCUGCUUUCGGCAGCAUCAAAUCUCAGGGACAGGGAAAUUGGUAAACAGACCCAUGCUUAUCUUUUGAGGCACAAUAUUCAAUUUGAAGGGAUGGAGAGUUACCUGAUAGACAUGUAUGCCAAAUCUAGUAUGAUUAGAGAAGCACAAGCAAUAUUUCAGUCAAACUUCACAAACAAUAAGGAUCAAGCCACAUGGAACGCUAUGAUUGCUGGAAACACUCAAAAUGGAUUAAUUGAGCAAUCCUUUGUUGUCUUCAAGGAGAUGAUUGAGAAGAAUGUGAAACCAAAUGCUGUGACCUUAGCAUCAAUUCUCCCAUCAUGCAGUCAGUCAGGAAGUACAGCAAUAGGCAAGCAGCUACAUUGUUUUGCAAUUCGCAAUUUGUUUGAGAACAAUGUUUAUGUUGUGUCGGCUUUGGUAGACAUGUAUUCUAAAUCAGGAAUCAUUGAUUAUGCUGAAAAUGUUUUUCUAAAAUCCCCUGAGAAAAACUCUGUGACAUACACAAAUAUGAUUUUGGGAUACGGCCAGCAUGGGAUGGGUAAGAAAGCUCUAACGUUAUUCUACUCUCUGCGGCAGAAUGGUUUAGAACCAGAUGCUGUUACCUUUGUAGCAAUCUUGUCUGCUUGCAGCUACACCGGAUUGGUUGAUGAAGGCCUUCAAAUAUUUGAGCUGAUGGGUGAAGAAUUCGGGAUUCAGCCGUCAGCAGAGCACUAUGCUUGUGUGGUUGACAUGUUAGGAAGAGUUGGACGGUUGGAUGAAGCUCAUAAUUUUGCUAAACAGUUGGGUGAAGAGGGUAAUGUCUUGGGGAUAUGGGGAUCACUCCUUGCAGCCUGCAGAGUGCAUAGAAAUUUUGAAUUGGGGAAAACUGUUUCCAGUAAGCUGCUUGAAUUAGAGGGUAGUGACAGAGUUUCUGGUUAUCAUGUUCUGCUUUCAAAUAUAUAUGCAGAGGAGGGGAACUGGCAGUCUGUAGAUAACGUCAGAAGAGGAAUGCGCAAAAUGGGGUUGUCAAAGGAGGUUGGGUGUAGUUGGAUUGAUACUUCUGGAUAUCCAAACUGUUUUGUGUCUAGAGAUAAGAAGCAUCCUCAGUGCUGCAUGAUAUAUGAUAUGUUGGGAUAUUUAACCAUCAAUAUGAAGGAUGUUGGCUAUAAGCCUAAACUUGAAUUAAUGGAAGAGUGGUUUUAUGGGCUAGAAGAAUAACAAGUUAUUAGUUCUCCCACUAUGUACCUAUGUAUUCAUGACAUUUUUGGACAGGAUUUUGCUAGAGUUGACAUGAUCUUAAUUUAUCAGUGACCAGCUUAGCCUUUGAGAUUCGAGACAGAUCAGUCAAGAGAUUCCAUUUACCUUUUUGGUGGAAAACAAGGAGUCCCAGAUAGCAAAGAAAGGGGCCUAUCCAAGAUAAACGUCUAUCAAACUAUCUGAUUGACUGAAGCACAUUUGAAUAAGAUUUGUUGUCUAGGGUGCUCUUGAAUUCGUAGGAUUACAGUAUAGAACUCCAACUUGCAGAUUGAUCAACUAUUCUUUUGAUGAGCUUUGCAGGUUGCAAAAGAAUAUCACAUGUGGUUUUGGAAGAUGGCAAUUUCAUUUCUUAUAGCGGGCUGUUGCUCAAUCUAUGACAACGCGGCUCACCAGUUUUGGUAAUUGAAUCGGAGCUCGGGGAGGAUGAAUCCUACGGCUGCAGCAGAGGCUCGCUACCGCUGGUGAAGAGCACUAUUGGAGGCUGUUUCGGAGAAGAAAGCUGGUUCAUAACGUUUUUGAUAGAAGCAAAUCUGCCGAUGUAUUUUUGCAGAGGAACAAGAAAAUAUCUGCUGGUGUAUUUGUAGAAGCAACAGCCUUCUGAUUCUUCUUAAGUUGCUUGAGUACCACCUGCUCAGUCUAAUCUGUCACCUUUGAUCUUCACCCUUGCAAUCUUAUUCUUGUUGUCCAAUACAACAACCUUUAUUAACAAGAAACCACCAGAUAUUCCAGAAGUUCACCUUUCAGAGUAAUCAAAGCCUAUCCUUGAGAUUGCUUUUGCUCUAAGGAUAGUGUGUUGCGAGAAAUUGCAUCUGGCAGAGAUCUGAAGAAGUUCCUCGCGGUCACUGCUGAUCUAUGGGUCCUCUCAGUUGUAGGCAACCGCUGCAACUUCUUGACACCGUCCUACAUAUGUCAGUGCAAUUCUUUCUGUUUUCCUGUGUUCCAUUUGUAUUUGCUAUCUGUUCUUAAUGGAUACGCUUUUUCAUGGUCUUCCACACAGUGAACCCAGAUUUGUGCUUCAAGUCAUACAGUUCCUGCUUUUUAUAAGUGUGAAGAUAAAGUGGAUCCAUUAGCCAAGAAAGCUGUGUGAGAAAUAAAGAAACAAUAUGGUGACUGUCGGUAUAAUGCAGAGCAAUAAUACCCUCAUAAGCCAAGCUCUAUUUUUGCCAUUUCAUUCGAUGGAACUUCUCAGUCUAUUACAUUUCUUACGUUUUUGUCUUCCUCCUAAAUUUUUGUGCACUUUGUUCUGCUGGUGAUGUGCCAUAUCUGCUAAAAUAUUGCUAACACUUCUAAAUUUUAAGCAAUAAGUUCCAAUCACAUACUAUUUGUUUUUUCAAUGUGCUUUGUCAUU